UUUGCCCAAAUGUGUUUGUGAUGUGCAACUGGCGGUGCUUAAAUCGCAGCGUGGAGUGUGUUUGCGUGAGCGGGUCUGAUUGUGCUACCAGUACUGCCUGGAAAACGUGCUUGGUGGAUUAUGAGAGAUCAAGACGAGAACGAUUGUGUGUGUGUGUUAGAGAGUGUGUGUUUAUUGGUGAACAAAAGGGCUAGGUGCAGCUUGUUUGUGAGUGUGCGGGUUUAGAUGAGAAAACUGUGCAGCUGGAGAGUUGCUUGAGGAAAGGGAAAAGAUAGUGCAGAUAGCUGAAGCACUUGAGGAUGCCAGGGCAUUCAGGGACAAGCACAGCUCUCUGAUAACUGCCGUCUGAGUACUUCAGACCCAACGAAGGAAAGCAAACCAAUAAACAGAGACUGUUGAAGGCAAAUAAGGCAAAACCAUGGGAGCACGUGUCUUCUUGAGCCAUCAACGGAACUAUUUGUAGGACCAAAGCAUCUCUGUUGCUGCUGACUACCUCAAAGUGUAAAGCCACGAAGACUGUAGAGUUUCUUUGGAGGUCUAUGUGAAGGAUCGGUGGGGGUCCAUUAUAGUGUCCAGUGAUCCCUUGAUGUCUUCAGCACCCAGCCAUGGGAGAGUGGACCAUUUUAGAGCGCCUCCUGGAGGCCGCUGUGCAGCAGCACUCUACAAUGAUUGGAAGGAUUCUACUGACAGUUGUGGUGAUAUUCCGUAUCCUGAUUGUGGCCAUCGUAGGUGAAACGGUCUAUGAAGACGAGCAGACCAUGUUUAUCUGCAACACCCUCCAACCUGGGUGCAACCAGGCCUGCUACGACAAGGCCUUCCCCAUCUCUCACAUCCGAUACUGGGUCUUCCAGAUCAUCCUUGUUUGCACGCCCAGCCUGUGCUUCAUCACCUAUUCAGUGCAUCAGUCGGCCAAACAACGUGACCGUCGCUACUCCUUCCUCUACCCAAUGAUGGAGAAGGACUACAGUCGUGAGGGUACCCGCAAACUACGCAAAAUUAAUGGCAUUUUGGUGCAGCACUCUGACAGUGGUGGCGGAAAGGAUGAACCUGAUUGCUUAGAAGUAAAGGAGAUCCCAAAUGCUCCAAGAGGCCUCCUGCAUGGCAAGAGCUCCAAGGUACGACAACAAGAGGGCAUCUCUCGCUUUUACAUAAUCCAGGUCGUGUUCCGCAACGCACUGGAGAUAGGCUUCUUGGCGGGACAGUAUUUUCUCUAUGGCUUUAGUGUCCCCGGCAUCUUUGAGUGUGACCGCUACCCCUGCCUGAAGGAGGUGGAGUGCUACGUAUCACGGCCCACUGAGAAGACGGUCUUCCUAGUGUUCAUGUUUGCAGUGAGCGGGAUCUGCGUUGUGCUCAACCUUGCCGAGCUCAACCACCUGGGCUGGCGGAAAAUCAAGGCUGCCAUUCGAGGUGUGCAAGCCCGCAGGAAGUCCAUCUGUGAGAUCCGCAAAAAGGACAUGGCCCACCUGUCACAACCGCCAAACCUGGGCAGGACCCAGUCCAGCGAGUCUGCUUAUGUCUGAUCUCCAUUCACCUAAAUAUGGAGUCACAAGGAGUGGAAUGCGGUUAUGGUACUUGUGCAAAUGUUUAUAAUG